AUGCCCAGACAAAAGGAGGCCCCGCCUUCAAGGAGCUGGCAUUCUAAGGCUGGGGAAGUCGACCUGAGAAAAGAGAAGCCUCCUUGUUGGCACCGGAAGUCAGCCACUUCCGGAUCUCGCAUCUCUCUCAACUGCCCGGACUCUUCUUCGGCCUUUCCUUGGUGCGGGCUGCGGGACGGGCGGAGGGCUGAUCUCUCUAGAGGGCGAGCUCCAACUUCUGAGAACUCUGCCCAGGUGAACACAAUGGCUCCUGUGCUCCUGCCCACUAGAGAUCACCAAGAACUGGUGACAUUCAAGGAUGUGGCUGUGGAAUUCUCCCCAGAGGAGUGGCGGCACCUGCACUCUUUUCAGAAAGCACUGUACAGGGAUGUGAUGCUGGAGAACUAUAGAAACCUGGUCUGCCUGGGGCUGGCUGUUUCCAAACCAGGUAUGAUUUACCAGUUGGAGCAAGGGAAAGUACCUUGCAUGCCAAAGGGUGAUAUCCCAAGAAGCCCCUAUGCAGAUUGGGAUACUAGCCCUGAAACCUUGGAAUCAGCUCCAAAGAUGGACAUCUGUAUAGAAGAAAAGUUCACAAGGAGGAGUCUCUUUCUUUCCAAGUUUGGAGAAGCCUGGGAAUGUAAUGCCAACUUAGAAAAGGAGCAGGGAAGUAAGGUGAAACAGUCAAGGCAAAUUAAAAACACUCUAAAGAAAGCUCCCCAAAAAGGGAUAGGACAUGCAUAUAAUAAAUGUAAUGGAGGCUUCUAUCUAGGACCAGUCCUUUUCCCCCAACAUAGAGUAGCUGUUGAAAAGAACCUCCAUCAGUGUGAUAUUCACAAAAAGAACUGCAGAUUCCAUUCACACUUGAAUAAAUGUAAUAGUAUCUGCUCAAAGAAGAUAUUUUCUAAGUUUAAUGACUGUGAGAAAUUCUUUAGUUAUGAUUCAGACCUUAAUGACAACCAUAGAAUACAUCUUGGAGAGAAACCAUUUGGAAGUGAUGAAUGUAAGAAGGCCUUCCCCAAUAGCACGAACCUUAUUCAACAUCAAAAAAUUUCUACUUCAAAGAAGCCUAAUGAAUGUAAUGAAUGUGGAAAGGUCUUUAGUCAGAAGACAGGACUUACUCGGCAUCAGAGAAUUCACACUGGAGAGAAACCAUUUGAAUGUAAUGAAUGUGGAAAAGCCUUCAGCCGGAAGACAGGACUUACUGAACAUCAAAAAAUUCAUAAUGGAGAGAAACCUUAUAAAUGUAAUGAAUGUGGAAAGGCCUUCCGGCAGAGAAUACGCCUUACUGAACAUCAGAGAAUCCAUACAGGAGAGAAACCUUAUGAAUGUAAGUCAUGUGGAAAGGCCUUCCGGUGGAGCUCAGAACUUACUCGUCAUCAGAGAGUUCAUACAGGAGUGAAACCUUAUAAAUGUAAUGAAUGUGGGAAGACCUUCUGCCGAAGGACAGGACUCACUCAACACCAAAGAAUUCAUACUGGAGAGAAACCUUAUACAUGUAAAGAGUGUGGGAAUGCCUUCCGCCAGAGAAUACGCCUUAUUGAACAUCAAAGAAUUCAUACUGGAGAGAAACCUUAUGAAUGUAAGGAAUGUGGGAAGGCCUUCCCUAGGAGCACAGAACUUACUCAACAUCAGAAAAUUCAUACUGGAGAAAAACCUUAUGAAUGUAAUCUAUGUGGGAAGGCUUUCCGGUGGAUCACAGAACUUAAUGAACAUGAGAGAGUUCAUACUGGAGAGAAACCUUUUCAAUGUAAAGAAUGUGGGAAGACCUUCCGCCAGAGAAGAAGUCUUAUUCAACACCAGAGAAUUCACACUGGAGAGAAACCUUAUAAUUGUAAUGAAUGUGGGAAGGCCUUCCGGUGGAGCACAGACCUUACUGAACAUCAGAGGAUUCAUACUGGAGAGAAACCAUAUACAUGUAAAGAAUGUGGGAAAGCCUUCCGUCAGAGAGCACCACUUGCUCAGCAUCAGAGGAUUCAUACUGGAGAGAAACCUUAUAACUGUAAUGAAUGUGGGCAGGCUUUCCGAUGGAGAACAGGACUUACUGAACAUCAGAGAAUUCAUAAUGGAGAGAAAUCUUUUAACUGUAAAGAGUGUGGGAAGGUUUUCCACCAGAGAACACGUCUUGCUCAACACCAGAGAAUUCACACUGGAGAGAAACCAUAUAAAUGUAAUGAAUGUGGGAAAGCCUUCCACCGAGGUACACAUCUUACUCAACAUCAGAGAAUUCACACUGGAGAGAAACCUUAUAAAUGUAAAGACUGUGGGAAGGCCUUUCGCCAUAGAACACCUCUUGCCAAACAUCAGAAAAUUCAUACUGGAGAGAAAGCUUAUGAAUGUAAUGAAUGUGGGGAAUCCUUUUACCAAAACAAAGACCUUAGAAAACAUCAGAUAAUUCAUACUGGAGAGAAAACUCAGGAAAAAGGAAAGGGCUUCCUAGAUUAGCUGAUUGUUUACUCAACAUGAGUGGGUUCAUACUAGAGGAAACAGAAUGUAAUGACUAUAGGAAAUUCUUCCUUGAGAAGAAACAGCAUAGGAAUCAUACUGGAAAGAAACUUUGUGAAUGCAAUGAUUUUGCAUUGAAAUAGCAUGAGCAAGCCUUCAGCCAAAGUACAUAUUCACUUAAUAUUAAAGAAUUUAAAAGGAAAUCCCUAUAAA